AUGGUCACAUUUCAGUGUUCAACUACUUGUGGUCGUGGUGUUCGCAAACGUCUCGUUUCAUGUGUCAAUUCAGAAAGUCGUACUGUAGCAUCCAAGUAUUGUGAUUCAGCGAAACGUCCAAUCGACUCCCAUCGUUGUCGAAUGGCGCAUUGUCCAAGGUGGAAGACGGGGAAAUGGUCCAUGUGCUCAGUGACUUGUGGAAGAGGAACUCGAUCUCGUGAAGUAACAUGCCAAAAAGGUCGGCGAACACAUCUGCCAGAUACAGAAUGUGCCAAGUUAGCAAAGCCACUAGAAAACUCAGUGUGCAUGAUGAUGUCGUGUCCAGCUUAUCACUGGAUAGCUACAUCUUGGUCCAAAUGCUCUGAUCCAUGCAAGAAGUCUGAUCAACACCGUCGCAUCUACUGUGUUAGCAACUUGGGCAAGCGUGCAGCACCCAAAAUGUGUAGCAAUGAAACUGCACCGGAAACAGCCCGUCCAUGUCCUGUAACAGAUUGCCUCUAUUACUGGGUGCCUGGCCCCUGGAGUACGGUAUGCUUUGUUUUAUAUAGUAAAGCUUUACUCUAGCA